AUGGCCUCCUCUCCUGACAGCCAUACACUCACCGAGCUCAGUAGAACCCUCCAAGUCUCCGUUCCCAGCCAAGAAAACUACAAGUCCCCUCCAGCAAAUCCAUCCCAGCUCAUCCAGCAGAGCUCAUCAUCUUCACUUGAAGCAGCACAUUCCCGAGGGGUAGAGCCGGCCAGCUCCAGCGACUCAGAGUGUAGCUCAAGAUCAGAGUGGGAAAGUGAAAGCACCAUCGAGGAGCCGCCUCCACCCCCUGUGAGCAUCUCUGUUAAAACCGAGCACUCUCUAUAUUCAUGUGAAGGCACGUCCGGGUUUUCAUUUGGUGCCAAAACUACAGCACCAACUGCAACAUUUGGCUUUGGCUCAGCAGCCGCCGCCGCCGCCUCAUUCGGAUUUGGCAGUAAGUCCAUAGAUCCGAUGGUCACUAAAGAGGCUCUUACAGCUCCUGGUUUUGGGGCAGCCCCCACCGCUGCUGCUGCACCAGCCACAGGAUUCAGUUUUGGCUCCACCAACACUGGAUUUGGGGGGCUGGGAGCUGGAAACACCACGGCUGGUACGUUUGGUGGCUUUGGGGCAGCUGCAGCAACUGCACCUGCACCAGGAUCCACUUUUAGCUUUAGUACUCCUGCCAACACCACAGGAGGCCUGUUUGGUAACACACAGAACAAAGGUUUUGGGUUCUCCUCUGGGCUUGGUACCGCGGCUCCUGCUGGGGCAACAGGAUUUGAAACUGGAUUAGGAACAACAACCCUGGGAGGGUUUGGCGGUUUUAAUAUCCAGCCCACUCAGCAGCAGACAGGAGGCUUGUUCGGUCAGCCGGCCCAGCAGCAGGCCCAGCAGCAGGCUCAGGCUCAGACCACCCAGCUGUAUCAGCAGGUCACUGCUCUGUCAGCCCCCACCUUGUUAGGAGACGAACGUGACACCAUCUUAGCCAAAUGGAACCAGUUACAGGCUUACUGGGGAACUGGGAAGGGAUACUACAGCAACAACAACCAACCUGUCGACUUCACACAGGAGAACCCAUUCUGCAGGUUCAAGGCGGUGGGCUAUAGCUGUGUCCCAGUGAGUAAGGAUGAGGACGGUUUAGUGGCCUUACUUCUCAAUAAAAAGGAAGCUGAUGUGCGAGCGCAGCAGCAGCAGCUGGUGGAGACUCUUCACAAAGUCCUGGGAAGCAACACUGUCAAUGUGGAUGGUGUCAAAGCCCUGCCCAAUGACCAGACUGAGGUGAUCAUUUACGUGGUGGAGCGUUCUCCUAAUGGCACCUCCAAGCGGAUCCCUGCCACCACACUCUUCAGUUAUCUGGAGCAGGGCAACAUCAAGGCCCAGCUCGCAUCGAUCGGAGUGGCCAUGUCGGGGACGUGCACAGAGCUGUCUCCAGCUCAGCUCAAACAGCUGCUGCAGAAUGCACCUGCAGGAGUGGACCCCAUCAUUUGGGAGCAGGCUAAGGUGGACAACCCUGAGCCAGACAAACUAAUACCAGUGCCCAUGGUGGGUUUCAAGGAGCUCCUUCGCAGGCUGCAGUUCCAGGAGCAGAUGACCAAACAGCACCAGACCAGAGUGGAUAUUAUUUCCGGUGACAUUAGUGAACUGCAGAAGAACCAGGCGACAACAGUGGCCAAGAUUGCGCAGUACAAGAGGAAGCUGAUGGAUCUCUCUCACAGGGUGCUGCAGGUGCUGAUCAAACAGGAGAUCCAGAGAAAAAGUGGCUAUGCUAUCCAAGUGGACGAGGAGCAUCUCAGAGUUCAACUGGAUACCAUUCAGUCUGAGCUGAAUGCGCCCAGCAGUUCAAGGGUCGGUUGAAUGAAUUAAUGUCUCAGAUCAGGAUGCAGAAUCACUUUGGAGCUGUGAGAUCAGAAGAGCGAUACAGUGUUGAUGCAGACCUCCUCAGGGAAAUCAAACAACACUUAAAGCAGCAGCAGGACGGGUUGAGUCAUUUGAUCAGUGUCAUCAAAGAUGACUUGGAGGACAUUAAACUCAUAGAGCACGGCCUGAGUGACAGUGGACACAUGAGAGGAAGCAUCCUGAGCUGAGUCUACCCUGCCAACACACUCAUACACAUGCCCUGACUCAAAAUAAAUCCUAUAAAAAGCUGUCCUGCCUUUCAUCAA